AUGGAACAUAUUCGGCAGACCUUUGCCCAAUGCCAGGAGGAAGGCCGUCCAGCAUUGGUAACCUAUGUGACGGCCGGAUUUCCCCGUGUGGAGGAAACUCGAGACAUUUUGCUGGGCAUGCAGGCCGGAGGAGCUGACAUUAUCGAACUCGGUCUACCUUUCACUGAUCCCAUUGCGGAUGGCCCGACUAUUCAAAAGUCUAAUUUGAAGGCGCUUGAAAAUGGCGUUACCAUCUCGUCGAUGUUGGGCAUAGUCCGCGACGCCCGCCAGAAUGGGCUCAAGACACCCGUUCUCUUCAUGGGCUAUUACAACCCGAUACUGCACUACGGGGAGUCCAAAUUCCUCGCAGAUUGCAAAGCGGCAGAAGUCAAUGGCUUCAUUAUCGUCGACCUCCCUCUGAAGGAGGCCCUUCGAUUCCGUGAAGGCUGUGCGAAGACGGGUCUCUCUUAUGUCCCUUUGAUCGCACCCUCUACUACGGAGGAUCGUAUGAAGACCCUGUGUCAAAUGGCCGACUCGUUCAUCUACCUCGUCUCUCGCAUGGGCGUGACCGGUGCUACUGGAACCCUCAAUUCGGAACUCCCUGCUCUUAUCAAGCACGUUAAGGAGCUCUCGGGCAAUGUCCCUGUGGCGGUUGGCUUUGGUAUCAGCACACGUGAACAUUUCCUAAGCGUGACCUCUAUCGCCGACGGCGCCGUCAUCGGCAGUCAAGUGAUUACGGUCCUAGGUGAUGCUGCAGGUGGCCACGCCGCGCAAGCAAUCGAAAACUAUUGCUCGCAGAUCACACAGAGAAAAGUCACUCGGGAGACCUCGGUCGCUGCAGCUUACGAAGUGCCGGAGGCGAGUGUGCCUGGCUCGGUUAUUGAGGAAGAGGCAGCUGCUACUACUGAUGGCUCGGGACGAUUUGGCAUUUUCGGCGGCCAGUAUGCUCCGGAGGCUUUGAUCACCUGUCUCGAUGAAUUGAAUGCCGGUUUCCAAGCCGCGCAGAAUGAUCCGACUUUCUGGGCCGAGUUCAAAUCAUACUAUCCCUUCAUGGGUCGUCCAUCCAGCCUGCACCUAGCUGAGCGGCUGACUGAGUACGCGGGGGGAGCGAAUAUUUGGCUGAAGCGCGAGGAUUUGAACCACACAGGGUCUCACAAGAUUAAUAAUGCCUUGGGUCAGAUUCUCAUUGCUCGCCGACUCGGUAAGACUGAGAUCAUCGCGGAGACGGGAGCAGGCCAACACGGUGUCGCCACCGCUACUGUCUGCGCCAAAUUCGGCAUGAAAUGUACUAUUUACAUGGGUGCGGAGGAUGUCCGUCGACAGGCAUUGAAUGUCUUCCGGAUUCGCUUGUUGGGCGCUACCGUUAUCCCCGUCGAGUCGGGAUCGCGUACUCUCCGGGAUGCGGUGAACGAAGCUUUCCGCGCGUGGACAGUUCGCCUAGACACUACUCAUUACAUUGUCGGCUCAGUGAUUGGACCCCACCCCUUCCCGACUAUGGUUCGCACGUUCCAGAGUGUGAUCGGUGAGGAAACCAAGGCCCAGUUGCGGGAUCUAGGCAAGAGUCCCGAUGCCGUGAUCGCUUGUGUGGGAGGUGGCUCGAACGCUUCGGGAAUGUUUUAUCCCUUCUCUGAUGAUUUGUCUGUCCAGCUGGUUGGCGUGGAGGCUAGCGGAGAUGGUCUAGACACGGCGCGUCAUUCAGCCACGCUCAGUGGUGGCUCCGUGGGAGUUCUGCAUGGUGUUAAGACGUAUGUCCUACAGGAUGAACAUGGCCAGAUCUCUAAUACUCAUUCAAUCUCUGCGGGACUGGAUUACCCGGGAGUCGGACCACAGCUGGCGAGUUGGAAGGAGAGCAACCGCGCGACAUUCCUCUCGGCCACCGAUGCACAGGCUCUACAGGGCUUCCGACUGCUGAGCCAGCUUGAAGGCAUUAUCCCCGCAUUAGAGACCUCCCACGCGGUGUGGGGCGCUAUUGAGACGGCCAAGAAGCUCGGACCUAACAAGGAUCUCGUCUUGUGCUUGAGUGGUCGUGGAGAUAAAGACGUGCAGAGUGUAGCCGAUGAGUUGCCUAACCUCGGGCCUCAGAUCGGGUGGGACUUGCGGUUUUGA